AUGAGUGACAAUUUGAUGGAAAAAGUUACCGCAUUUGGCGAGCGCUUGAAGAUUGGAGGGGCUGAGGUAGGACAAAAAAUCAGCGAGGGUAUGAGCUCAAUGAGUUUCAAGAUGAAGGAACUUUUUCAAGGGCCAAACCAGGCCGACAAGCUCGUGGAGGAAGCCACGGUCGAAACUCUAGACGAGCCCGACUGGGCCACAAAUCUCGAACUCUGUGAUAUGAUCAACCAAGACAGGGUCAGUAGUGUUGAAAUGAUACGGGGAAUUAAGAAACGGAUCAUGUUAAAGACCCCCAGGAUCCAGUACUUGGCUCUGGUAUUGCUUGAAACUGUUGUGAAGAACUGUGACAAAUCAUUCUCUGAGGUUGCGGCUGAGAGGGUCCUUGAUGAGAUGGUGAAGUUGAUUGAUGAUCCUCAGACUGUAGUCAACAAUCGGAACAAGGCUUUAAUGCUGAUCGAAUCAUGGGGAGAGUCCUCGGAUGAACUACGCUACUUGCCUGUUUAUGAAGAGACUUACAAGAGUUUGAAGUCAAGAGGAAUAAGGUUUCCUGGCCGCGAUGACGAGAGUUUGGCUCCUAUAUUUACUCCUCCCAGAUUGGCGCCAGCUUCAGAAUCAAAUGCCACUGUUGCUCAACAAUUCCAUCCCGAUAUCCCUGCGCAACCCUUUUCAGCUGAACAAAGAAAGGAGGCAUUUGACGUGGCUAGAAACAGUAUAGAGCUGCUUAGCACAGUCUUGUCCUCUUCACCACAACAAGAUGCUCUUGAGGAUGACUUGACCAUCACGCUUUUACGUCAGUGUCGUGAGUCCCAAUAUACCGUUCAGAGAAUUAUUGAAACAGGUGGAGAUAAUGAGGCCCUGCUCUUUGAAGCACUAAAUGUGAACGAUGAAAUUCAGAAGGUAUUGUCAAAAUAUGAAGACAUGAAGAAACCAUUGGUUGCUCAACAGGAGCAAGAACCUGCUAUGAUACCAGUAGCUGUUGAGCCUGAUGAUUCACCCCGCGUAGGAAGAGAAGAAGGGAGGGAACAACGGUGA